AUGAAUGAAAAAUUUGAUGCAAUAAAACCGCGGCGUGAAAAGCCACAAACUCUAGAAGGUAUUCAAACUACAAAAUGUCUUAAUGAUUCCUGUGGUUCUGAUUCAUCGCUCAAUCGUGGUUCGGAUAAACGUUUAUCGCGAAAUCGUUCUCGCGGUUCGGAGACACGAUCGCAACGUGAUCACUCUUCGGAUGGUGUGAUGACUACAACAAAGUCAGAUUUAAAAACGGAUGUAGAGUUGUGUAAUGAAUUCAAUGUUAAUGAUGGUUGCCAGCGUAGAGAAAGUUUUAAUUACGACGACAGCAGUCCAAGUGGUCAAGGUUCAUUUACCAAGCCAGGCUUGGGCAGAUCAUUGCGUUUGCCGAGUAUGGUGGGUGGUACAACAACUAGAAAAUGUGUUUUAACUUUAGAUGGUUAUUCCUAUGUUAUAGUCGCUAGCACUCCAGAAAAUUUACCCAAAAGAGACGAUUUAUCUUGCUCGGGUGGAAGCAAUCUUGGUACGGGUUGCCAUACACAACAAACGGUCAACGCCAAUUCCCAACAACUACCAGCAACCAAUUUCCAACAACAACAACAUCAAUAUUUAACGAGCGAUAAAGCAACAUUUACAAAUUCACAAUCAGCAGCAGUUGCAGUUGCAGGUGGUGGAGUGGGUGGAACUGGUAUAGCAGCCGCAAGGGUUGGUGCAGGAACAGAUUCAACGUCAUCAACAACAACAGCAGGAAUUGAUGUUAGUAAUAGUAAACAAGAUUUUUCAAAUUUUACAAGUCCCUCCGGUGUUGAUAAUACCCCAGAGAGUAUCAGCAGCAUCUCAAUUACAAGUAAUAGCUCUGUGUCUACUAUAAAUGGUCAAGUUGCAAGACACGGAGCUCUUACUAUUGUGCGCCGUUCCAAUAGUCGUAAAAGUUUCAGCCAAUACGAUAACCAGCAUUUAUAUUCAUUGGCUACUACGCCCACACUAUCAUCCCUAACUCAUCAUAGUUUAUUAAGCGAGACCACGAUCAAAUCAUCGAGUGACCACAGCUCUCACAGUCGUGUUAACGAUUCCACACAUCAACAAACCAACACUAUAACAGCUCCAAUAUCAAAAAAAUCACAGGCACAAUCAGCCAUUUUCAACACGACCAACACCAGCAGCACUACAACUACUGGAACCCAAAAUAUAAAAAUGUUACCAACUUCACCUAAUUCGGGAAACAAUACUAUAACGCCGGGCUAUGAAAUGGAAAAUACAAGGGAAGAUUCUGCGUCUAGCGCGGCAUCGGGUUUAACUAUAACUUCGUCAACUGUCGAUUUAGCUACUGAAAACUUACCAGCUGUCGAUACACCAGAUGCCUGUGAUAAAGCAGCAUUAAGACUUCGCAGUCUUCUGCGCAUGCUUAAUACAGGCGAAAUACAAGCUGAUGUAUUACAAAAAAAUUUACAUUAUGCCGCACGUGUCCUUGAGGCCGUGUUCCUCGAUGAAUCCAAAAGCCGUCCUUUUGUUUCAAUUAUAGAGCCCAGUCAUAAAUGUAUUGAUUCAUUUAAAUGUAAAGUCCGGCAUCUCUAUUCUUAUCGACAAUAUAUAUUCUCACCAGCUGUUGCCGACAAUGCAGUGUUUAUGACAAUUAACAAAUUUUACCCGCCAAAUUCGCUGUCAUUACCCAAUGUUUAUGUUUGAAAUCUAUAUUGAAUUUAUUAUUUGGUUUUGUUUGUUGAAGUGCAAAAAGUUAAUUAAUGGCAAUCAACAAAAUUAACAACAGCGUGUGUAAAUAAAAUAAACAAUAAAUAAAAGCAAAAUAAA